UUUUUGCAUUCAACGCCCCGCUGGUCACACCAAGAUGGCCGGCCCAUUGGUGGCAGCAGCGCGACGCGCUACGCGGUGACCGCGCUCUUUGCCGCCUUUCGCACGCGCGAUGGAUACCGGACACGGACGGAGUUGCCUGCGGAUUCCCGGACGACCGUGGGACGCUCGCUGAGUUGCCGCGACAGCUGCUUGUUGCGCGGGACCGUCGCGCGCCAACCGUGCCAUCAUGUCAACCAUGGGCAGUCUUCGGAUUGCAGCAGGCCUGGCCGUCUUCCUGGCCCUGGUCUGCCAGACAUCUGGACAUCCUAUCGAGGGAGGAGACGGAUCAGUGUCUGAAGAGAAGCAGCAGGGGAUUCCAGGUUGGAGCAGCCUCUCGGAGUCGGUGUGGGUGAUUGGGGCGUCCGUCUGCUUUGCCCUGACGGCGGCCAUUGUGGCCUCCCUGGGCUGCCUCUGCUGUCGCAAUGAGGGCAUCAAGCUCCUGGGCACACGAAAUGGGGUCAGCGUGCCGCACCUUCCGCUGGGCAGCAUGGCCCAGCAGCGGAGCAGCCUGUCACCCGAGGUGACCAUCUUCCCUCCGGCCGCUGCCGCACCCCGCCUCGCCUUCGCUCCUCCCCCUACACCCUUUGAUGACAAGGUGAGCUUUGAGCCUCUGCCCAAGAUCUUCCCUCGGCUGCCGGCGUCUCCAUCCAAGCACCCCUUGCGACCUGCCCACUACUCCGGGGAGCUGGGUGGCACUCCGAGCUCAGUCCACGACUGGUUUGACGACCCCCAGGCCAACUUUCCCCGGGAGCGGCUGCAGUACCUGCAGGAGCUGGGCGUUGGCUGGUUUGGACAAGCUGUGCGUGGAGAGGCGCAGAACCUGAACACUGGUCGGCCCAAUGACGACGACCAGGCGGUCCCAGCAACCACCACGCCGGUGGUGGUGAAGAUCCUCCGCUCGGAUGCGACGCCCACGGAGCACAUCUGCUUCCUGCACGAGGUGCAGCACCUCAGGCUUCUGCGGCACCCGCAUCUUCUUCAGCUGCUUGGUCGCUGCCUCGAGUCAGAUCCGUUCUUGUUGAUCCUGGAGGACUCGGUCACGGACUUGAAGGCGUUCCUCCUGAGCAAGCGCAACGAAGCAGAGCCCUUCCUGCAAGGUCCGAUUCCCUUGCAGGCAGCGUGUGCCAUCGCCUCUGCACUGGACCACAUGCACAGGCACAGCUUCGUCCAUGUUGACCUGGCCGCCCGCAGCUGUGUUCUUGAUCGGAACCAGGUCGUCAAGGUCGGUGACUACGGCACCUCCCUGCAAGCUUACAAGGAGGACUACCACCUGGUGGGCGAGGUAGCUGUGCCACUGCGGUGGACUGCCCCUGAAUCCCUGCACUGCACUGACUUAGCCCUGGAGGCCCGGGAACUCACCAAGGAGGCCAAUGUCUGGAGCUUUGGCGUGCUGCUGUGGGAACUGCUGUCCCUGGGAGCCCUGCCAUACGAGGGCCUGACAGACGACGAGGUGCUGAGGAGGGUGGUAGUGCAGCGCAACCUGGUGCCCGCCAGGCCCACCACGCCAGCCGGCCGGCACACCGACCGCCUGUACCAAGUUGCCACCUGGUGCUGGAGUGAAGUCCCUGGCGAACGGCCAUCCGUGCACGAGCUCCGUGAGCUGCUAGGCCACCUUCAACGCGAGAACAGCGAUGCCCACGACUUCGAGUCACGCUGGGCUGCGCUGCGACCUGAUCGUGUCAAAGAGCACAACCUUGCACCGAACCACCCUGCCGCGAUGUCCCUGUCUCGACUUGGCUUCGAGAGCGACUUCGUGGCUGCCAGCCUCCAGAAUCUGCACGGGAGCGCGGAGGACCUCCGCACUGAACCGACCGUGGAAGAGGAGGAGGAACUGACCUCGUUCCACAUCUCGGAAGCGAUCCGCGACUUGGACGCAAUCCUUGCUGCCGAGUCUGGGUCGACAGCAUCUGUCGACCUCCCCAGCGAGUCGACGCAAAGGCAGGACAGCCUUGGCAAUGAGUCUGUCGACUCGCGGGAACUCAACUCUCUCGGCUUCAAGAAGAGCGCUUCGGUGGAGGACCUGCUUCGCGAAGGGCCUGAGAAGGUGGCAGAAAUGUUUCGCAUCACCGUCAUUGACGAUGUGGAUGCCAGCGGUAGCGAGCCACGCAGCCUCGGUGCGGACUCGGACAUCUGGAGGCGACUCGACGAUGGACCUUCCGUGCCCACUCCUGGGAACGGUGCGCUGAAUGGUGGUGUCGUCGGCGGCAGUGUGGUGUCGCCAAAUGUGGGUAUCUGGGGUAGUGUUGGUGGUGGGGACACGGUGCAAGUUACGGAGAUGGUUCCACGUUCGGUUGAAAGCGACAGCGGUGUGCGGAACCCGGCAACGCGCGAGGACGUAAGUAGCCGCAUCGGAGUCGCGGGACGGUUUGGUGGUGGUUGCACUUCAGCACACGGCUGUUUCCCGACCCCUUCGGCCGCUAACUCCGUCGACAGUGGCACGCUGAGCACUAACACCCCAGAUGCUUCCUCCGGUGAUGUCCGGCGGGAAGCCAACACUGAUCUGUGCCCCCCUGUCUUGACUUGCAGCCAGAGCGGCGACGACUCUGAGACGUCGACGCCCGCUGCCGCGGCCCUCGAGCCCACAACGCAAGGCGGCAGCAACGACAGCCGUGACAGUGCUUCGUACGUGACGGCGCCGGAGUCUGAGGAAUCGAGCUUCGGGCUGGUGCCGGAACUCUUGGAACGUGCCACGUCCGAGUCAGAGACUAUGUUUCUGACUGCCAUGCCGGACGGCGACAACACGUCGGAGUGCUCCGAAGCGACCCUGGCAGACGACGACAACUUUGCAAGCCCGCGGGCGCAUUGUGUGCGUUCUUCGACACCGACGGGUGACUGUCCCAGCCCCAGCAUGUCUCCCAUCCCAAAGUGCGCAUCGUGGAAUCUGGUGGAUGACAUCGAGGAAUCGGCACUUUCGGACCUGACGGUGGACGAUGAUGUGGGGAAGGGGGGUUCCUCGUACGAGGACUCGCUUGCAAUCACCGAGAACUCGACAGUAGACGAGAUGCGCAGGAUUGCCAACGAAGCAGCAGCGCAGCACCGACACGCAAUGCAGAAUGGGCCGGUGCUGGCCAAUGGGCAUUUGUGCAAUGGACUGGAAGCACCGGAGGACGCAGGAGACGAUAGUGACGACGAAGGGCUGGUGGAGUAUGACCUCAACGACAUCUCCUCGGUCCUGGACAGCAAUGUUGAAGGCGGCGGAGGCGUACUGCCGUCCCCACGGUCGGCAUGGCCUCCGCUCGAGGACUCGCCCAUGUGCGGGGAGGAAGAGGAGAUCCUGACGGUGAACAUGCUGACCCACGAGAUCACCGUCAGGCCAGCCGCAGGCAUAGUCUUCGACGGCCACGAAGUGCUUGCCGGUGUGGAAGAGGAGGAGGACACCAGCAGCCCUCUGGGAACACCUGAACGGAAACACCAGGUCGACAGGAAGCAAGAUGGCUUGGACGACGACGCUGAAGACACGGACGACACGAGUAGCACGGGGACGUCGUGCACCUCUACGUCUGGAUCGUUCGAGUGCCUGGCACAGGACGAGGCAGAUGGCAUGGCAGAUGGCGUAGCGAAAGCAGGAAGCACUGCAACGACAGCGUCUCCUGCGCAGCGACCGCGCAGCUUGGAAGGCAGCCCCACCUCCCCGAGGCGUGCCAGCACUUGGGACCGUAGGGCCACGCCCACCAAGUCUGCUCUCAAGACUGCCAGCGGUAACAGGCGCAAGCCGGUUUCCGGAAAGGGCUCAACGUCGCUGCGCAAGACGGUGUCAUUCCACGACGUCAUCUCCUCGGUGCAUCACUACUCGGCCGACGAGGAGGUGCCUCCGUCACCACCGCCAUCUGCUCCCCCGUCAGCCUUUGACUACGCUGGCCUCAGAGACUGGGAGUUCCCGUUUUGUCUGGACGAGGAGUUUCCCGAAGCCACCAAUGGGGGCAGCAGCAGCAGCGAGGAGGAGGACGAGCUGCCCCCCAGGGGGCACCGUGGGCUGCGCAGCCUGCCCGUGCGUCCGCGCAUCACCAAGCUCGGAAGCACCUUCGGGUCUGCUUCAGCGUCUCCCCUCUACUGCAUCGCGGCCCUCUCGCACGAUGACCUCCCCACGACAGACGACGAGGAGCUGCCUACGGAACCCUCCCUUGCCGAGGAGCCGAGCGAAGACCUGCUGAUCAACCAGCGACCUCCGUGGGACUCCUCCAUGAGCGACCUGUCGAACCUGGAUGCAUCGGACGACGCCGACUCCCUCCGUUCGGAAAGCCCUGUCAGGAAGCCCUCUUCUGCCGCCGCAGCAACUGCCAAUCGCAACUUCGACCUCAAUGCCAACAGCAACCUCCGCCCCGUCCGCACAACCUCAGAAGACUCGAAUGCCAACAGCAGCUGUCACACGAACUUGGUACCCGCAGCUAAUCAUCACCAGGCUUAAAGACAGUGCGUGUGAAAAGUGUUGUUUUCAAGAAGGCCGCCUAGCAUCUCGCAAAAAUCUCCCUCCUCUAUCAGCAAAACCAGUAAUUACCACUUUGAGGCGUGUCUCGGAGAUGAGUAGCUGAGAACAAAGCUGAAGAAAGUCUUUUCACUAUCUCGAGACAAUGAAUAGAGGUUUGAAAGUAGGCACGUGCAUUGCCUCAGUCCGUCUGGGGCUGAACUGGUGAUGCAAUUGCUAAGCUUGCAGUGACUGUUGCGACCAUCUUCGGUAGGUCUCCGUAAUCUCGUCACCUUGAAGACCAGUCAUCGAGUCAACAAUCCAAUGUCUAUAGAUGCACCGAAGUCAUCUUCUGCUCCCUGUAUUUGCAGACUGUGCAAGUGCAAGGCAAGCUGGAGGUGUGGUGUUGACAGAAAGUCUUGUACAGUUUGUUUACGGGCACUCAACACUCUGCUGGUGUUGCUCUGCACGAUCUGCUAAAAGAUGCCGUUACGAAGCUUUGCGGUUGACGAAUGUUUCCAUCUGUGAUUCAAAUGAUGCGGAAUUGAGGGGCUGAAAAUGUGUCGCUCUGUCGCCUCCUUCCAUGCCUGCAGUCAUCUCUCGUUCCAACGUCUCUGCGACACGUGUACGGGCUCUCGAAAAUGGUUCUGUGACGAGAUACGCCGGCUGCUCCCGUCCAAGGUGCAGCAGGUGGCCGCUUUUCAACCGACGUGUCCCCGAACAAUGCCUGCGCCCUCAGGUCUACCAGUCAUGUACAGACAUUUAUUGUAUAAUCCCGUUUACGUGUCCUUCCUUUCAUGUUGCGUCGUGGUGUAUGACACUGUCUCUUUGGAGAACUUGGCACCGUUUAUGACAUUGACUACCAUUGCUCUGAAUUUUUCUUUGUUCUCCGAGUGUCUCGUGACUGUGCCGCUCUAGCUGGACGUGAUGGGAUUGACAGAGCUACGAAGCAAGUGCGGGCUUCACAUUACACAGAAAAAGUGAGGCGAUUUGCUGGAGCGUGUUGAUUGGUGCCAUCUCAGUACAAGUUUAAAGGCCACAAACCAAUGGCUGCACAGUGUAAUUACUUGCACUCAGGUAUCUGCAGAGAUACCGGAUGACUCGCACAGCGUAAUCUGGGGGUCACUUGCACAAACCUUUAUUAACCAUGGGUUAACCAUCUACACGCAGAGAAGAGAGCUUCGUGUAUGUGAUGGUAAGUUGCCAUGCAGCGAGUUGCCGAGCGAUGAGUGACACUUGCAUAAUACUGUUCGAUGUUUGUCUUUUUGGCAACUUGCGGUCAGUUUGGUGGGACUUUUUAACUGUACAUUUGCCUCGUAAUAUCUUUCAUGAAGUUAUGGCGUCGAUUCUGUCCUUCCUUGUCUCUUGUGGACUCUUGGCCACUUUAGCCCUUCACUAGAUUUGAGUGCGCACUAUACUCUUGCAAGGGGUUUCUGGGCUUCAGUCUUCUUUAAGAGAAACAAACCAGCAGUUUGGUAAGUCUUUACCACUGAUGUGAGGGUAAGGGCAAAAGGUGAUUGCGCAACCUCCUGCAUUAAAGGUCGAUCCUGUGUAGUCCUUGUUGCGCAGAUCACUACGUCCUUUCCUUAGAAGUCAGCCUUGCAAAUGUCAAACUGUUAGAGCCACUUUGCUGAAACAUUAAUGCACUUCAUUGUUACCAUGAAUGCAUUAUGAGAUUGAAAAGCAACCAGUAAUUAUGUUUUCCUUGUUGGACAUCUCAAUUUCAUGCAGUGUUUCCCAGGCCAUCAGUGAAUUCGCAUUUCAUGGACCCCUUGCAUUGCAGACUUAUGUGCUACCUUCGCAGCCCAUUGCAAAAGUGUAAAGGCCACUGUUUGCAUCACUGGAGUAGUGGGUCAGUACCCAAGUCUAAUGUUAAGGUCAUCAGCCAUUAUUCGUCGUGAAAUAGGAGCUCCAGGACAUGAUAACUGGUGCAUUCCAGCGAUGUGAUCAGGGGCCCUUGUGCUGUUGUGACCAGCUGUACAUUGCUUUCCGGCAGAGAUGUGGUCACCCCUUGUGCUUCGAAAAGCAUUUGAUCAUUUCGUAGCAGAGCAGUCAAGUGUUCUAGUACAAUGCUGCAUUGUCCUUCUGCUCGCACGAGCCUUAAAUGUGUUGGUUUCAAGCCUCUACCUUCCUCCAUUUGUGCAGCCAUUGUCAAACAAAGUUGGGUCUGUUGUGUCUUUCAUGAUUGUGCAACACAAGCUGUUUGCACAAACUUGAAGGUGAAGAGUGGCUUCAAGGGCAGGGGUGAGCAAUGCAGUUUGAAGGCGAGCGAAGAGGCCGCUUAUUCGCAUUGGCCUAUCCCGGCUAUCGCAUGGGGCUACUGGCCAAAAUGUGCAACAGUCCAUCACUGCAGCAAUAGCUGGGAGUACAAGAUGGGGACGAGGAGCACUCUUGAUUCUUUGCUCCAGAAGGAGUUGGCAACAUUCCCUUCAUUUAGAGGACGUGUCAGAAGUCUGAGGUUUGCGGUCUGUUGUGAAACUGAGCUGCCCUGACAUGCGAGAAGGAAUUUCUGGAAAGGCAUGUUGAGCCGUGUCAUCUCGGGGCUAAUAGAAGCAAUGCGGAUUUAAUUAGUGUGAGUCUCUGCUCGAAUAACGUGAAAAAAUAAAAAAACACCCCUGUUGUACUCCCAUAGCUGCAAUAUGUCCUCUUUAUAAAAUACGCAUUGUCUGUGUGAACAUUAUAGUGCAAUCCACUCCGUUCAUUUUCAUAUAUCAGCCUUAUUCCCAUUUAUUCAUUUUCACGAUUUGAGUCGGUGGAGUAGGUACGUCUGAUGGCUUGGCGGGAUAGGCCCUACCAAGCCAGGAGAGGCAAACAGAUUCCUCCUACAACUUGCUCGACUUUCUGUGCUUUUAAAUUAUUCAUUUUCAUUUAUUUUUUCCCAUACUUUUCCGACCUCAACAACUUCAUAGUGCUUGGGUGUUUCAGAUCAUGUUUGCUCAUUACGUGGCCAUGCCCACCCUUCCAGGUAAUAAUGCCUGCUGUUUGUUCAUUUAUCAGUGAUCACCACGUUGAUUGCGAGUCCUGCCACUCUUCACUUGAGGCAGGUUGAGGGUUUGCACGCCCACAGUCACCGCCAGGGCCCGAGAUAAAGCUUGGGCCAGUGCUUGAUUCCUCAGUCUACGCAGCACUUGCACCGUUGUAGACUUGCGCGGGACAAGAAAUGUAGGUAUAUUACUUUGCGCAUAGUGCGCCACUAUUGAAAUUGUACAUACUGUUGUGUAUGUUGUUUUCUCUUUUUCGUUUUGUAUAAUAUUUUGCAAUCUAUUUUUCUUCACAUGUAUAUGUAUAUGUCAGAAGAGUAUGUUGUGGUUUAUUGUGAAAUUUUUAUUUUCCAACGUAUGUUUGUGUCGCUCCCACUGUCCAUGUUUCGGGCAGCGCUUGCAUGUUCGAACUCGUUAGCAAAACAUGGGACACAACACGCUUCAUCUAUGUUGAAAACCUUUAAUAAUGUUUGAGGAAAUGUUCAAUGGGCUGUGGGCUUCGAACAGCCUAGAGGGUGUUGAAGUGGAGCAUUAAAAAAAGACCUUGAGGUCAUAUGCAGCCGCCAACAUGUGGGUUCUCAACAACUUGGUGCACUGGCAGCUACAGGUCACGUCAGCCAACCAGAAGGGGCUUGUACAUAGUCCGCCUCCAUUCGCCCCGUUUACAAUUCUCACCAAACGGAAGGAGAGGUGGUGCACAGUCGGCAAGCUUUCCUUCCUUCUCGGAACACAUAGCGAGCUGUCGUAACCGAUUGGCUGACGCAAGCCCUAGCCAUCACUCUGCUGCACACAGUCGACAAGACGUGCAGUUUGGUUUCGGGGCACCAGACGGGCUCCUGCAGAAAUUCCAUGUCCCUUGUAAAGGUGUAGUAAAGAGCACAAGUGCAUGCACUCGGCCAUUCAAGUGGUUGCCCGAGUUACGUGUAAACGGCUCUUUCUUUUCUGUUGUUCUGGAGGGUGAGAUGGGUGUGGGCGUGUGGCCGUACCGGUGUUGCCUCAGUGUAGUAAGGACAAGAAGCUGUGCAAGGGUACAGUAUUGCUCAAAAGAUCCUAGGCCACAUGUAUGCUAGUGUGUUGCGUUGGAGCUGUACGGCAGAGUCUCCGAUGAGAUUUGGCCACUCCAAUGCUGUGCGGAACAGGAAAAAGUGUCCUCGUUGCUAUUCAGACGUGCGGCUUUUUUUGGAUGACAAAGAAUGCAGUACAAGCCAUGCUAUGUGGCAUCAGAUCUGCUCUUAUUACAUGGCUUGGGGUCUCUUGGCUUACUCUGUACCUGUGUGCUGGAAGGCUACGAAUAAUCCAUCCACAGGACAGGUGUGGCAUUUGCAACAUAAACAGAAAGGAGUUUGGGAACCCGUAGUGUAGUAAAUCUGGAAUGGCAGAUGGAAGAUACGUUGACCUGUCUCAUGCCUUGCACAGCCUUGAUUGUUUCGAUUUAUUCAGACAGUGCAGUUUGUUUCGUGGAAUCUCGCAGUGGCGGAAGGACUUUGCUUCGCUAUGUGCAGUUUCUUGUUUUUGCUGUUAUGCAGCAUGUGCAAGUCGAGCUAGUGCGAUUUAUUCAGUAUCUGAAGCAGUGCUGUAACUAUGAGUUUUUAGUGGUCCUUGAAAACAAUGGAGCAUCAAAAUGCCCUUUUGAAUGCUUUAAAACACCCUUAAAUCUCGUAAAGCGCUUAAAAAUUAAUAAUUUUGCUUUCUGAUAUGCUUGGAGGAUAUUGCUGGACUAUCUGGCCACACUGUAGGCCAAAGUCAACCAAUUUGGGCCUUUUAGCAGCUAUGUAGCAGAUAGUGGUAUUAUUUUUCUUGUGCUUUUUUUUAUUGAUAUGCAAAGCAAGAAAAAAAAAGAUGCUUGUAUUUGAAAUCAGUAUUAGUACUUUGCUCUCAAUCUGUAAAACUUUCUAUCAUCUUCGUAUGUUUUUGUGAUAGGCCUGUUCUGAUUUUUUGCCAAGAAUGGCUUCUGUGAUUCUCCAUGUUUUGUUGAAACAAGUUGAGUGCAUGUGUAUUUCUUUUUUAUUUUACUUUUACGAGAACUGGGACAGUCGUAUGUACCCGUGUUUUAUUUACGGGUGCAAUUUGUUGAGAUUUCUUAUGUGGCCAAUGUGGUCCAUGCUCAGUAUCGCUGACUUGGAAUUCCGACUCUGUACUCAUUGUGGCUUCUAGAUGCGCACGGUGUUUUGCCAACACCUGCAGUUUGUGUCUAAAUCAGUUUUGAUCGUCUGUUUUCUGACCAGCUGGCCUCAGAAUUGUAUAUGUAUUUUUAUUUGCGCGGGUCUGGUGGAUGCCUGUGCUGCAUCAGCAUACGUAAUUAUCUUAUUGAGCACGGUGUGUGCAACUCUCAUUUGGUCUGCAGUGGGUCUGGCUUUGAACUGAUUGCACCAGUGUUUGAUGGCGGUGACUUAUGUAAGCUUUGUUGCAAGAGCAAACCACUCAAAAUUUAUAUCUUUUUAUUUGUCACCACAUUUCGGAACCACUGCCCUACACGAUUGCAAGUGCUCCUAGGUUUUUCAAAAUGUAUCGCAUUUCUUGGCAGACGAUUUCAUGUGCUGAAGGUAUGGGCGUUAUUGCUUCGUAAGUCGUAUACCAUUGCUAUGAACGUUUUUGUUGGUAGUUUGGCUUACAUAAAAAAAGGGGCUGUGCUUCUGAGGCUUAAGUGAUGCACUUUUACGCAAAGUGCAAGAAAAGUUAAACUGGUAGCAAAGCUGCUCGAUUCAUGUUGUGAUGCUUCUUCUGUAUAGGAAAGUGUGGUGCCGUAUUUCUUUGAAAACAAGCGUACACAAUUGUCGCUGUUUGAAAAACUGCAUAAGCAAAAAAGCAGGUUUAAAAUGAAAGGAAUAGUGCUUUGAGAAUAUGCUUAGAAUGCGUUUUCCACAUCUACACAUGACAUUGCAGUGCCUCGUACCGUGGUGAUUUUGGCAUCGCGCUUCUGUUUCAGGCCCGUUUAUGAUUCAAACGUUAGUGUAACUGGGAAGGUAAAGCACUAUCUCCCUUGUGAUUCAGCAUCUAAGGUUGCUCGUAGAAGGUGGGAGGGGGGUGUAAGCGUUUGCCCAUACGAAGAGCCUUUCGUGCUUAACUUUAUGUACAAUGGAAAGGUGUGGAAGUCGUCUUGUAAAUCUUCUUGUUUUUAGUUGCUUCUGUUUGGGCUUUCGUGUAUCUACCGCCUGCCCAUAGUCACAAUUAGCCCGCGCGUGAGUCAUGCAACGUGCACAUUCGUGUUGUACAUAGUGUGCGUGGCUCGGGAGAGGUGCCGUUCUGCCACGGGAAGGAGUUAUGGUUGUGCUUAUAUUUAUUCGUCCCGUAACAUGCGUACAGCAUAUAGACAGGCUCGUCCUAGAGGAGCCUCGAGAUGAAGAGUGCCAGUCAUAGAAUAAUACGGUGUAUUUUUCUUCCCCUUCCCCAUUCUUCCAUUCACCGCAGUAGUUUUAUCGAGAGUAUUUCAGUGACACCGCGUUUCUGUCCUGUUACUGGUAUGUGUGCCGCGAGCGUGUCGAAAUGUUCAAGUUUGUGUAGCGGUUCGACAACUCUGUAGCCCACCUUGUGCAUCAUGUACAUAAAUAAAAGAGGACGUAGCUAUG